AUGCAAUUCUCGAUCGCCUCCGUCACCCUCCUCUCCCUCUCAGCCUCGGUCUCCGCCAUUCCCGUCGACCAGAGAUUCGAAGUUGACCCUACAUAUGUCAUCCCAAGGGCCGUCGUAACCUGCGCGGAAUACUCUGAAACUGCAAACUAUUCAGCAAUCGGUCUCAACUCAACAUAUCGUGGUGCCUUUCUGGUCGGCUCACCAGAUGGCACUGAUUAUACACGAUCCAUUCUUGAUAAGGCGCAGAAGAAGAUGACUGAUCUGAAAUUGAGAUUUGACGAGGCCCUCAAUGCCGAGUGUGGAAACUUAUCGACUGUAGCCGACACUGAGGUGACCACCAACUUCACAAACGGUAUUGUUGGACCUUUCGCGAUCAAGAAGUCUGCGGGGGAUCGUCUGUCUAGUGGGAUGGGGACAGUUAUCUUGGCUGCCACAUUCGCUGGUGCUGCGUUGUUGCUGUAG